GUCUGCGGGCGCCGGUGGCCCGCGCGCCCCUCCCCGCGCCCCCGGCCCGCUCGCGGAGGCCGCCCCGAGCGGAGCUUUGUGACGUCAGGCGGCCGGCGGGCGGCGUCACGCGCGGGGCUGACCCGGCGCGGGGCGGGGGCCGGGCCGGGACGCGGAGCAUGGAGCCGCGGGUCGGCUGCCGGCUGCCCGUGCGGGUGGAGCAGGUCGUCAACGGCGCGCUGCUGGUCACCGUGAGCUGCGGCGAGCGCAGCUUCGCCGGGAUCCUGCUGGACUGCACGAAAAAGUCCGGCCUCUUCGGCCUGCCCCCGACGGCUCCGCUGCCCCAGGCCCAGGAGCCCCCCGUCAACGGCUGCCACGGCCCGACCCCCACGGAGGGGGCUGCAGAGACGAUGCAGCCGGGGACAGGCCCUCCGCCACCUCCCACUGGAGACCAGCCCACCGGGACCGCCAGUCCUGAGCUGCCCCCGCCCCUCGUGCCCCCGCUGCCCGCUGGAAGCCUGCCCCCGUUCCCGCCCUAUUUCGAAGGCGCCCCCUUCCCUCCUCCGCUCUGGCUGAGAAACACGUACCGCCAGUGGGUGCCGCAGCCGCCCCCCCGGGGCAUCAAGAGGACCAGGAGGCGCCUGUCCCGCCACCGAGACCCAGGCUGCCUGGCCCUGAGCCCCAUCCUCCUGCGGCCGCGCCAGGUGCUCUGCAAGAAGUGCCAGAGCGCUCUGAGCCCCCCAGAGGCCAGCCCCGGUCCCCCCGCCGCCCCCCGGCCGCGCAGGGAGCUCCGCAAGCCCGAGGACCCCGACGGCGGGGGCGACACGGCGGCCGCCGGGAAGAGGAGCAAGAGGGAGAGGCCGGAGGAGGCCGGGGCCCGGGUGCCCCGGAGCCCCGUCAUCAAGAUCUCCUACAGCACGCCCCAGGGCACCGGCGAGGUGGUACAGAUCCCCUCUCGCGUGCACGGCUCCCUGGAGCCCUUCCGCCCCCCGCAGGCCCUGCCUGGCAGCCAGGACCCCGAGGCGCCCCGGGACAGGCCCCCCGCCGCCAUCCCCAAGCUGAAGCUGACGCGGCCCCUGCCCCCUGGCGCCUCCCCGCCGCCCCCCAAGAUCCGCCUGAAGCCCCGGCGCGGGGGCGCGGGCCAGCAGGAGCCGGUCUACAGGGCGGAGCUGGUGGAAGAGCUCAACGGCCGUGGGUGCGGCGCCCUGGCCGACGGCCCUGCCGGCCCGGGGCUGGCGGACCUGUCUUCUGGAAGCUCGGGCGAGGACGAUGACUGCAAGGGGUGCCCCCGGGGUAAACGCAGGCGCCAGGGCCUGGCUUUUCUCGCCACCUGCCCCAGGGGAGCGGGGUGUGCCAGCGAGUCCUUGUGGAGCAGCGACAGCCUGGACGAGUCCAAAUCGUCCAGCUCGGAGGUGACGUCACCAGACACGUGUGACCUCUCGUCCGGCGAUGGCGCCCCUGCGCCGGCCUCGUCCAAGGACGCGCGGCCCACCGUCCCGCCGCUGACCGUCAGGCUGCACACGCAGAGCGUCUCCCAGUGCAUUACCGAGGACGGCAGGACCGUGGCCGUGGGGGACAUCGUGUGGGGAAAGGUCCACGGUUUCCCUUGGUGGCCAGCCCGCGUCCUGGACAUCAGUCUCAGCCAGAGGGGGGAGGGGGAGCCCUCCUGGCGAGAAGCCAGAGUCUCGUGGUUCGGGUCUCCGACGACGUCGUCCCUGUCUCUCUCCAAACUCUCCCCUUUCUCCGAGAGCUUCAAACUGAGAUUUAACCGUAAGAAGAAGGGGAUGUAUCGGAAGGCCAUCACAGAGGCGGCCAGUGCCGCACAGCACGUGGCCCCGGAAAUAAGGGAGCUCCUAACCCAGUUGGAAACGUAACCCGGGCUCCGGACCAGGUCACCGACGAUGAGGGCGCGGCUCUUCUCCUGCAGCUCCCGACCUUGGGGUGUCCUCUGCACCCUGGUUCCAUCCGAGGACCCUGCGAGUGCUCUGGCUGGCUGCGGGCGGAGACGCCGGCCCGCGGGGUUGGCCUGGUUCGAGGCCUCCUGGUGGGGAGCAGGUGCAUCUGGCCUGAGGACACACCCCCAGGAGCACGGCGGCCCCUCUGGCUGAGGGUUUACUCCUGCUGCUCAGACUCGAGCUUUUCUGGUUUGGGAAGGACCCGGAGCUAGGCAGCGAGAGGCCCCGGGGUCGGGCGCCAGCGGGGAGCGGGCCACCAUCCACCUCCCUGCCGGCUUCAGGACCACCAGCUGCACGUGGGGGUCCUCCCCCGGCCCUCGGGCACGGGCUCUCUGUGCACUUGAGAACCAGGGACCCGCCUCCCCCUCCCCCUCCUCGUUCACCCCCAGUGUGGGUCCUGCUGGCACCUGCACCUGCCCCCAGGGCCACCCUGUCCCCUGGGCGCUGCCUGUAUGGAGCCCCUGUCCCGUGCGGAGGCGAAGGGGCCACGCUCGAAGUCAGACGGCAACGUCAAAAGGAUGGAAACCUCACCUGUUGUCUGUCAGAGUGUGUUCCGUGCCCUUUCUUGUCCCUUUAGAGACCAAAACGGAAAAAAAAAAGGAAGCAAGUCCGGCUUUUUGUUUAAAUGUAAGAAAAUAAAGAGAUCUCUGCCGAGGUGGCACCGCU